AUGGGUCGUCUCAUGUAUGCCCACGCUAUUACGCUCGCCACCGGAGGCGAAAUCGACGACCGAAUCCAGGGCGAGCCCGGCAUCGUGUACGCACCCGAGAUCAUCAGACAGCAGCUCGGACAGGUCUCUCACUAUCCGCGCUCGCGUGUGCCGUUCCAGAAAAUGGACGACGAGCUCGUCCACCGAGAGGGGCUUCUCUACUCGGCGCUCGCCCAGUUCUCCUUCGCUCGCCCCGACGCGCCGCCGAACAGACUGGACGUGUUCGCAGGUCUCCAUUACAAGCUCCUCGGGGUGUCGGAUCCGGACUUCCAGCUUAUGCCCGGAGAGCGCACGUUUACCCCCAGUAUCAUGUUCGUGCCGUCGGCCACGGUUAACCAAGCGUUCGAUGAGAUCUCGAACUUAUUCUAUGGCAUCUUCGACCUCUGGUCUCUGUAUCAGAGCAGCAAGACGACAUGUCCCAACCCGGGCCGCAAGAUAAAGACCAUCGACUCGACCCCCCAGCCGCAACUCAAACUCGACGAAUGGGUGACGCAGCACCAAAGCCCGCCGCAGGCCUCAACUCCCGGAUCAUGUCGAGCACCCGCGCUAAAAUUCCGUCUGGACUGGACGCGCCGUGGUCAGCACCACCUACACCACGGGGAUAUACCGCCUGUCCAUGAACCGGAAUGGUCGACCUUCACGAAAAGCCAAGCCAAUGCCAUCCUCGAGAACGAAGACCUCUCUACCGAGAACUAG